GCACCCACUCGGCCGCUCUGCUCGAGUCCACCUCCCUCCUCCCCAGCCAGCCAAGCCCGCCCCACCCGCACGGCCACAGCAGACACCGGCAGCCAGCCCUCCGCCCCUCUCCCUCGGCAUCCAAUCCUCCACGUCUCCCCAACGAUUCAGUCCUCGAAGACUCGUUUGUCGGCGGGGAAGGAAUUGAAGCUUCUCAUUCUCGUCGCCCAGCCUCUCCUCCGUCGCCUCUCCCCUCCAGGAACUUUGGAAAUUAUGUCUCUUUGAGGGGAAUCGAGGACCUUGCCUGUACCUGUCUGGACUCCAUGUCUAAGUGGGAGCCAGUCACAUUUGAGGAAUCUCUUAGCUUUGUCAAGAAAGUAAAGGCACGUGACUAUAUGCUAUACCUAUCACUGCUUGAUGUGCUCAACCGGAAUGAUCAAAUCCCUCUCGAAGCUUACAGCGAGCUUUUACUUCUCUUCCGGCAUCAUGAAGAUCUGCUAGCGGAGCUGUCAAAGUUCAGGCCCCUUUCAUGUCCAAACAAUGUAUAUACCCACGGUUCGAUCUGGAUGAUCAUAUUCCUCAUGCCCUUUCUGCUCCUGAGCCUUGUCCUCGCUUUUGAGAAGCCAUUGAAGUGCUUUCUGCUCCAGUAGCAUGUUACAAGCUGAAAAGGCUGCAUCGUGGUACUAGCGGCCAAGUGUACAUAUAUGUAAAUAUAUUGCUUCCUGCAAUCUUUAAGAUGCCCUUGUAUUCUCAUGCACGUCAAUAAUAUACAGUGUUAUCAAAGUUUAGGAAUGCGGCAGCAAAGCCAAAACAGAGAUCA